AUGUCCUUUCUCGGGAUCGAGGGACGCCAUGCCUUUGUCACGGGCGCUGUGGGUGGGAUUGGCUUGGCUAUUGUGAAGGAACUCUUGGCCGCCGGUUGCAAAGUCACAGCUCAUGACAUCAAACAACCCGAAAAGUCACCAGGAAACCCGAACCUCUUCCAUGUCCAAGGAGACAUAUCCGACGAAGCGUCCAUCGCCACAAGCAUAGGCACCGCCAUCCGCCACUUCGGUCCGAUCCAUAUCCUGGUACCCAACGCCGGAAUCACGAACGAAUCCGCCCAUCCCAACAUCUGGGAACUCCCGCUGGAAACCUGGGAGAAGACGUACGCCGUGAAUGUCCGCGGCACCUUCCUGACGAUCAAGCACUUCUUACUCGCAGCAAUCGAGUCGCAGAAGUCAGCCGGCGGCCAGGAGCUCGAUAAUCUCGCCAUCGUCGUUACGGGAUCCGAAUGCGGCAAAUUUGGCCAGGCUGGACAUGCGGAGUAUGCUUCUGGCAAAGCGGGGUUGCAGUAUGGGCUCGUGCCGACGGUGAAGAAUGAGAUUGUGAAAAUCAACCGCCGGGCGAGAAUCAAUGCCGUCGCGCCGGGAUGGGUCAAUACCGAGCUGAUUGGAGAUCGACUGGAUGAUCCGCGGGAGCUUUAUCUCGAGGCGCAAGGCACGGUGGCUUUGAGGAAGAUUGCGCAGCCUGAGGAUGUGGCUAGAGGUGUUGCAUUCCUGGCUAGCCAUCGUGCUGCGGGCCACAUGUCCGGUCAGGUUUUGAGCAUUGAUGGGGGGAUGGAGGGUAGGAUCGUUUGGCGAGAGGAGGAAAUCCUAGGCAACCAAUCCGCCCUCGCCGGGGAAAAGAAGACCGUCCCAUCUCAGCAACUGACCACCACCAUCCCGCCCACCCUCACACCACCCAAAGCCCGGAAUCGCAUCAAAAUCGCCUGGUCUGUCGACUUCGACGCCAUCUCCGGCUUUCUUGGCACCGGCGCACACCCUGACAACAGCCUAGCAGACUACUCGCAAGGCUACUUCAGCGCGCUGGUCGGCGUGCCUCGCCUCCUCAAACUCUUCCACGAGCUAGGAAUUUCGAAAAAGAUCACCUGGUGCAUCCCCGGCCACUCGCUCGAAACGUUUCCAGAACAAACGCGCGCGAUCGUCGACUCUGGCGCAGAAAUCGCCCUGCACGGCUACUCGCACGAAGCCGCGAGGCAAAUGACCGCCGAGCAGGAGAAAGACGUAAUCGACAAAUGCAUAGCCCUCGUAACCGACUUGACAGGCAAGAAACCGCGAGGCUACCGCGCGCCCCUGUACCUCCUGCAAGAACGCACGCUCGCCCUCCUCCAAUCCUACGACUUCCUGUGGGACUCAUCGCUCACACACUACGACUCCACCCCUUACUUCCUCCCACUCCACCCCACCCCCAUUGAACCCAUCGAUUUCGAUCCGGGGAGGAAAGCAGACACCUGGAUGCAUCCUUCACCUCACUUCGAGCGUCUGCCGAAAUCGAACCUCGUCGAGAUUCCCGGGAACUGGUACGCAGAGGACGCCACGCCGCUGCAAUUCUACCCCAACACGCCGAAUUCGCACGGGUACGUGGAUGUGCGGGUUGUGGAGCGGAUGUGGAUGGAUCGGUUUGAGUGGAUUCGGCGGGAGGCGAGGGAGGAAGGGGAGGGGGCUGGGAUGAAGGUGUUUAGUAUCAUUACGCAUCCCGAUACGUCGGGGAUGGCGCAUGUGAUUGGGAUGGUGGAGAGGUUUCUGCGCUGGGUGCAGGGGUUUGGGGAUGAGGUGGAGUUUUUGACGUGCGGGGAGAUUGCGGAGGAGUUUAGGGCGAGGCAGGAUUUCUAUAUCUACACGAGUGGCGAGGCCGACGGUUGUCAUCGGUCCAACGCUCUGAUGGUUUCCUUCGCCCUCGCCCUCUCCUGUGCAAUGACUUCUCCGAUCUUCGCCAGCUGCUCCACGCUCAAGCCCUUCUCCCCCUCCACCGCCUUCUGUCUCGCCCUCAACUCCGCCAACUCCUUCAGCGGCGUGCGCAUCGUCUUCGGCAGCUCCUUUCGCCUCUCCGCCUCUUCGUCUUCCCUCGUCUUCUCCUGGACAAACUCCCACUCGUGCCUCGUGCGGAACCUGCUACGCUUGUUCCGCAGCUCGUCGAUGACUGACGUCGGCAUGGGCGGGUGCAGCAAGUAA